CCUGCAGCUGCUAGAGACGGAAGUGAAGCGACUGCGGCGGCGGCGGCGGCAGCGGCGCCUGCAACCUGCCAGUCCCUGCCCAGGCGGGGGGGUGUGCGUGUGUGGGUGUGUGUGAUGCCGGCGUGGACAUGGAGGAUCCCGGGCAAGAUAUGGUGGCCUCACCAGCCACACCUGGGGCUGGCAAAUCUAAGUUGGAAACAUUACCCAAGGAAGAUCUCAUCAAGUUUGCCAAGAAGCAGAUGAUGUUGAUGCAAAAAGUUAAAUCAAGAUGCACAGAAUUAGAGAAAGAAAUUGAAGAAUUCAAAUCAAAACCUGUUGCUGGGGGAACUAAUGAUGUAAUUCAGGCUCUCACAGAACGGCUAGAUACUAUUCUUCUGGAAAAAGCAGAGGUUGAGCAACACUGUUUAGCUUUGAAGAAAGAAAAUGUUAAAGUGAAGCAAGAAGCUGAACAUUCCAUUACUAAGAUGGAACACCUACAGAAGGAGUUUGAACACUCAAGUAGAAGUUACUUGAAGGAAAUUGAAAGUUGGAAAACUGAAUUGACUCAAGUACAAUCAAAGUACAAUGAAGAUAGAACUGCCUUAGAGAAAGAAUUGGAGGAAGCAGUGAAAAAGCAAAUAGGACUUUCAGAACAGCUUAAAUUUAAUAGUGAGUCCCAAAAUGAUGUCCAAAAGCUGCAAGAAGAGAUUCAGAGAAUUAAGCCAGCUUAUGAAGAACAAAUUUUAUAUCUGAAAAAACAAUUGGAAGCUAUUGCUGAGGAAAAGAACCAAGAAAUUAAUGAUCUCCAAAACAUUAUCAAGGCUAAUUCUCAGCAUUACCAAAGUGACAUCAGUAGCUUGCAGGAGGAGGUUUUACAACUGAAGAGUACACACAGAGAAGAAAUGGCAACAUUGAUGAAACAGCUUGAAGCUUCUAGUAAAGAACAUGAAGAAGAAAGAAAUAAAUUGAUACAACUAAUGGAGAAUGUGGCAAAUGAAAACAUUCAGGAGAAGUCCAAGCAUGAAUUUGAAAACCUUAAAGAAACAUUGAAUCCCGUUAAAGAAAAUCAGGUAUAUGAUGGGGAGAUCCAAGAAGAUACAGCUGUAAAACAAAUAGUUAAUGAAAAAGUCAAACACUUAGAAGAUUCCUUGAAAGAACUGGAGUCACAGCAUAGCAUGUUAAAAGAUGAAGUAACCUAUAUGAAUAAUCUUAAGUUAAAACUAGAAAUGGAUGCCCAGAAUAUAAAGGAUGAGUUUUUUCAUGAACGGGAAGAUUUAGAGUUUAAAGUUAAUGAACUACUACUUGUUAAAGAAGAUCACUGUUGUAUAAUUGAAAAAUUAAAGUCUGAGCUAGAAGUUUCAAGAAAUCAGUUUAGUAAUACUGUGAAACAACAUGACAUGGAAGUACAGAGUCUUAAAGAGGAAUACCAAAAAGAAAUAUCAGAACUAAAGCAAACUUUAUUGACAAAUUCAGAAAAAGAAAAAUUAACCAUAAUGUUCGAAAUGCAGGAUCUUAGGCAACAAUAUGAAAACUUAGAACAAGAAAAGCAAGAAGCAGUUUUUAAUUAUGAGAGUUUGCGAGAAAAUAUGGAAAUUUUACAGAGAGAAUUGGGUGAGUCAGCUGGAAAGAUAAGCCAGGAAUUUGAAUCCAUGAAACAACAGCAAGCCUCUGAUGUUCAAGAAUUGCAGCAAAAACUCAGAGCUGCUUUUAAUGAAAAAGAUAGUCUCAUUGAAACUGUGAAUCGUCUCAAAGAAGAAAAGGAAGUAUUGUUAGCUAAGCAAGAUGAAGCACAGGAACAUGAAACUGUAAUCAAAAACCUUCAAGAGAAAAAUGAAGAAAUAUCAAUUAGUCUUACUCAGAAAGAUACCAUGAUACAAGAGCUACAAGCAAAAAUGUGUAUUCUUAGUGAUGAAAAAGAUCAUUUCUUAAGUAAAAUAAAAAAUGCUCAAGAGGAGUUGGACACCCUCCACAAAGAAUGUAAAAGAAAAGAGGAAGAGAUUGUAGAAUUUAAUGAAAAAGUAGAUCAAACUACUCAGUCCAAUAGUGAACUAGAACAAAAGGUAAAAGUAUUAACAGAAGCAUGGGAAGAGACUUUAAAAGAAAAAAAGCAUAACAACCAAAAUAUGGAAAAACUUGAGGUUCAAGUUAAAGUUCUCUCUGAAGAACAGGAAAUGUUGUCAAAUCAAAUGAAGACCCUUCAGGAAGAAAAUGAAAGGCUAAAUAAGGAAAAGGACCAGAUGAGUAAAGAUUUGGACACACUUAUAUCAGAAAAAAAGGGAGACUUAAGCUUUGAAGAGCAAGCUGCAGAACUGGAAAAUAAACUUCAGUUGGCAAUUGAAGAAAAAGAUAAUUUAGAUAAGUUAUUUGUAAAGGAGCAAACACAAAACUCAAUUGUUAGGUCUCAGCUGUCUGAUUUUCUGAAAGAGAUGGGAUCCAGAGAAGUAAAUGAGGAAGCAGAUAUCACGAUUAUCCUACAAGCUGUAAGUGACUCUUUAGGAAGAAUGAAGGAGGAAAAACAGAGCUUGGUUUUUCAGAAUAAUGAAAUAGUGCUACAGUUGCAAAAAGAAAAUGAACAUAUCAAAGAAGAGAACUUGGCUCAUUGUGAAGAACUUAGAUCUUUACUUGAAGACUAUGAAAAAGAGAGAAUUCUUCUAAAGGAAGAAUUGGAAGGGUGUCUCUCAGAAAAAGCAGCAUUGCAACUCGACCUUCAAGAGAUGAAUAAUGCAAAUGAAAAAACUAGGCUUGAAAACCAAAAUCUUUUAGCUCAGAUAAGAGAACUUUCAGAGAACUUGUCAUGUAGCAAAAAUGAAAUUCAGGAUCAAGGAGAGUCUUCUGUAGAAGAGCAAGAAAAUAUAAGACUAUUGCUAGAACAAAAAGAGGCUGAACUGCAUGAUGUGAAAGCAGAAUUGACAUCUUUAAAGGAUUCCUUAGAGAACUCGCCCUCUGUAAAAAGUGAUCAACAUUUGGUAAUGGAACUAGAAGAUAAAAUUGUAAAUUUAGAAAAAGAAUCCAAAGAAAAAGAAGAAAAAUUAAGUAAGAUAAAAGUUGUUGCUUUGAAAGCAAGGAAAGAACUUGAUUCCAGCCGAAAAGAGGCACAGUCUCUGAGGGAAGAACUUGAAUUGGUUCGAUCUGAAAGAGAUCAUUUGUCUACUUCCAUGAAAGACCUCAUUCAAGGAGCUGAAGGCUAUAAGAAUCUUUUUUUAGAAUAUGAUAAACAAGCAGAGCAAUUGGAUAUGGAAAAGGAGCGUGCAAAUAAUUUUGAACAUCAGAUAGAAGACCUUACAAGACAAUUGAAAAAUUCAGCUUCUCAGUGUGACAAGCUGAGCUCUGAUAAUGAAGAUCUUUUAGCUCGUAUUGAAACUCUACAGUCUAAUGCCAAGUUGUUAGAAGCCCAGAUUUUGGAAAUUCAGAGAGCCAAGGUCAUAGUGGAUAAAGAACUGGAAACUGAAAAACUUCAGAAAGAGCAAAAGAUAAAGGAGCAUACUAACACUUUAAAGGAACUUGAAGAGCUUCAGGUACAACUUCAGAAGGAGAAGAAACAUCUCCAGAAAACCAUGCAAGAGUUAGAGAUGGUUAGGAAGGAUGCUCAGCAAACUACAUUGAUGGACAUGGAAAUAGCUGAUUAUGAACGUUUAGUGAAAGAACUGAAUCAAAAAAUUACUGAUAAAAACAGCAGAAUUGAAGAUUUAGAACAAGAAAUUAAAAUUUGUAAACAAAAACAAGAAACCCUACAAGAAGAAAUAAGUUCACUUCAGUCUUCAAUGCAACAAGCUGAGGAUAAAAACACCAAAAUCAAGCAACUACUAGUAAAAACUAAAAAAGAACUAGCAGAUUCAAAACAAGUCGAAACCAACCAACUAAUACUUCAGUCAUCUUUAAAAGGUGAACUAGAAGCAAGCCAGCAGCAAGUUGAAGUCUAUAAAAUUCAAUUAGCUGAAAUAACAUCAGAGAAACACAAAAUCCAAGAACAACUGAGGACCUCUAUAGAGCAACAUCAACGCACUCUGAGUUCUUGCCACCAGAAAAUCACAGUUCUGCAAGAAGAAUGCAACACAGCUAAGGCAGAGCAAGCUGCCAUUACCUCCGAAUUUGAGAGCUACAAAGUCCGAGUUCAUAAUGUUUUAAAGCAACAAAAGAAUAAAUCUUUGUCUCAGAGUGAAACAGAAGGAGCCAAACAAGAAAGACAACAUCUAGAAAUGAUGAUAGACCAACUAAAACUGAAAUUGCAAGAUACCCAAAAUAAUUUACAGACCAGUACAUCUGAACUUCAAAUAUUACAGUCUGAACACGAUACUCUACUGGAAAGGCACAAUAAGAUGCUGCAGGAGACAGUUGCGAAAGAGGCAGAACUCCGAGAAAAGCUCUGUUCAAUACAGUCAGAGAACAUGAUGAUGAAGUCAGAACAUGCACAGACUGUGAGUCAGCUAUCAUCCCAGAAUGAAACACUCCGCAAUAACUUCCGGGAUCAAGUGAGACAUUUGCAGGAAGAGCACAGGAAGACCAUGGAGACACUGCAACAGCAACUUUCCAAAGUGGAAGCUCAGUAUUUCCAACUUAAGAGUGACCCUACUACCAGAAAUUCAGCUUCUUCACAUCAGCCACUGAAGAAUCUUCGUGAAAGGAGAAACACAGACCUACCCCUCCUUGAAAUGCACACUGUAGCCAGGGAGGAGGGGGAAGGAAUGGAAACAACUGACACUGAGUCUGUGUCUUCUGCCAGUAUCCAUACUCCAUCUCUGGAACAGCUUCUUAAUUCUCCUGAAACUAAACUUGAGCCUCCUUUGUGGCACGAAGAACUCAGCAAAGAAGAAUUGGUUCAGAAGCUGAAUUCCACCACAAAGAGUGCUGACCACUUGAAUGGUCUCCUUAGGGAAACUGAAGCAACCAACGCAAUUCUUAUGGAGCAAAUUAAGCUUCUCAAAAGUGAAAUAAGAAGACUGGAAAGGAACCAGGAGCGGGAGAAGUCAGUAGCCAACCUAGAAUACUUGAAGAAUGUCCUGCUACAGUUUAUAUUUCUAAAAGCAGGGAGUGAAAGAGAGAGGCUUCUUCCUGUCAUAGACACAAUGUUGCAGCUCAGUCCUGAAGAGAAAGGAAAGCUUGUUGCAAUUGCUCAAGGUGAAGAAGAAAGUACCUCUCGACCCUCCGGAUGGGCAUCUUAUUUACACAGUUGGUCAGGCCUUCGAUAGCAUGGGGAUAAGAGAAUGUUUUUCAAGCUUGUAACCAAAUAGAGUAUUUGUGACAAAAAUAACCCAGACACAUGAAGUCCUUUUGUUUCUUUUGUGAAUUUGUGUGUGUAUGUGCACAAACAGGAUUUAUGUAGGCAAAAAAAAAUACACAAACCGCAGCUAGAAGGGAAAGUCAGAUGUCAGUCUUUCAGAAAUUGGAUGCUGCAGAGACCAUCUUUUUUGUGGUCUUUUAAUUAUGCUGCCAGUGUGGAUAGGAAGGGGCACCUAUCCUCUCUUCAGUGCUUCUGGAUCCUGUUCUUGCUUAGGAACACCGUAAGUCCUGAGCCCAGGUUUUGGUCCCAUAACAGAACUGGAAUUCAGGGCAUUUAGUGUUAUACUUUGCCAAGAUAUGAUUUGCAGGAAGUAUUGCUAUAAAUUAAUUGGCAGAAAAAUUGAUAGGAUAAGAUAUGAACGAAAAUGUACAAUUGAAAUUUAUAAUUGGCAAGGUGUCCAUGAACUGAAGUGACUGGAUAAAAAUGCUGCAAAUGAAUUAUACGGCUAGAUUACCAAAUUCCACACGAAUGUUUUAAAAUGUGUUCAGAGAAUGGAGAGGAUAUUCUUUCAGUCUUUUUGUAUGGCUACAAGAAUAAGAAUACUAUUAGAUGAUAAAACACUGAAUCAAAACAGAAACUUUUUAUUGCAUGAUCACCUUUUCCAUUCUGUAAAGCCUUUGUUGUGAAUUAAAAGUUUGACUAAAUUAUUACAAUCUUGUUCUCUGUAGCUCUUUUCCAUUCUCCUUCCCUCUCCCAGCCCUUUUCUCCCCCCCCUCCAGGGAGAAUGUGGAUUGGACAGAGCUAUAGAAUUCAGCAUUAUAUUUAAAUGAAACAAGACAAGGGAGUUGCCUGUAUUCAUGCAGAGUGUAUAGCCCCAAAGGCUUUCCAGUAACAAGGAAUGUUAAAAGCACUGGUUCCUUAGGGGCAGCUUAUUGUAGGCUAUCUGUCCAUUCUGUGGAUAAUCCACAAUCUGUGAAUAACAGUGGUAUAGAGAGGGGUUGCUUUCUUCUGACUCUUGUACAAUUGACUAAUAAAAUCAAUGUUGUGUUAUUAAAUCUUAAAAUUUGAGAGCAAUCUGAUUAAAAGCAUUUACUUUUUAGUGAUAUCAGUAUACAACCAGUUUGAUGAAGUUCUUUAAACCUGUUGAUUUGUGCUUUUAACUUUUGAAAUCUCAGCUGAAGAACUGACUUUGCACUUUGUUUAGUAGAACAUUAACUUCCAAACAAGUUUAAGUAAAAAUAUGCUGCUGACUUGUUGAGUUUGUUCUUUUAAGAAAUUUCUCCUCCUAAGUGACUUUUGUCAUGUUUUAGAAGAACAGACCAAAACUAGUGAAUGUGUCACAUUAUAUAUGCAUUUGUCUUACAACUGAAGUUAAAUUAAACAUUUGUUUUUCUUACUUUGAAAACUGUGAAUAUAAGUAUGCCAAUAGCAUACAAUGUAAAACUUUGAUAGUAUUUAAGAAAAUUUUAAUUUCUCACUGACCUUCUGAUUUGUGAAUCGUAUACAUACUUGUAUUGAAAUAUUGUCUGUAUUCAUGAAUGUAAUAAAAAUACUUUUGCAUGACAUAAAGUGGUUACUUUAAUUACAAGUGGAAAAAUUCUUUGAGAUUUUC